UUUAAGAGGCAGGAUGGGGGAGGCAUAUUGAAUUGUGGGGUCCUCCUGAGAAGGGUUCCUUCUCCGGGAUUCCUUAACGGCCAAAGAAACGCCGCAGUGAGUAGUACCGAGGGAAACUGACUUCCUACCGUGCAGGAUUUCAGCUGCAGGGCUGAUGAUUAUACAAAGAGUGGUGCUGAAUUCACGCCCUGGCAUCAAUGGAGUGCCAGUUGCAGACAACUUCCAUAUGGAGGAGGCCACCCUCCCAGAUAAUAUUGCUGAAGGCCAAGUCAGAGUUCGUACACUUUAUUUGUCUGUGGAUCCUUAUAUGCGAUGUCGCAUGAACGAAGAAUCUGGUGCCGCGUACCUCCAGUCCUGGAAGCUAUCUGAAGUUGCUGAUGGUGGAGGAAUUGGGUCUGUGGAGGAAAGUAAAGACGUGAAUUUUGCUGUGGGAGACUUUGUAACUUCCUUCAACUGGCCCUGGCAAACGAAGGCCAUUCUAGAUGGAAAGCAGCUUGAAAAGAUUGAUCCACAGCUUGUAGAUGGACACCUUUCCUAUUUUCUGGGUGCAGCAGGCUUGACUGGGCUGACAUCUCUGCUUGGGAUAAGAGAGGCAGGACACGUGUCCCCUGGUGCUAAUCAGACCAUGGUGGUCAGUGGGGCUGCUGGGGCUUGUGGCUCAAUCGCUGGGCAGAUAGGUUUCCUGGAGGGCUGUUCCAAAGUGGUUGGUAUUUGUGGCACAGAUGAGAAAUGCAGCAUUUUGGUCUCAGAAAUGAAGUUCACUGCUGCUAUCAACUAUAAGAAAGAGAAUGUGGCACAACGGCUGCAUGAACUUUGUCCAGCUGGAGUGGAUGUGUACUUUGACAAUGUCGGUGGAGACAUCAGUGAUGCAGUUAUCGGUCAAAUGAAUCCUAAUAGCCAUAUCAUUUUAUGUGGCCAGAUCUCCCAAUAUAAUAAGAAUGUGCCUUAUCCCCCUCCUUUGCCUCCAGCAAUAGAAGAGAUAAGGAAAGCAAAGAAUAUCACAAGAGAGAGAUUUUUAGUUUUGAACUAUAUGGACAAGUAUGCAGCUAGUACUAUGCAGCUAUGUCAAUGGAUCAAAGAAGGGAAACUGAAGGUUAAAGAGACAGUGGUGGAAGGCUUGGAAAACAUUGGAGUUGCUUUCCAGUCGAUGAUGUCAGGGGGGAACAUUGGAAAACAGAUCGUCCUUGUUUCAAAGUAAAACAAGUGUAAACUAUGAUGGAAAACACAUAUUUACUUCCACAAUCUUCUCUUUUGUAUCAUUGUAUUAAUGAAUUCAUCUCUGCAUUUGAAUAUUGAGCUUGGAAAAUUCAGGUAACGGCCUUGUUCUAUAUACUUUUUAAUAAAAUAGAAAACAUCUUUCAAUAACACAGUAUGUGCCACGCUGUUGUAACAGAAUAUAGUUGCAGUAUAACCUAAAUUGCCAAAAUUAAUGUAGGUUCUGAAGAAUAAGCCAAUUGAAAAUGCACUGAAAGACUGAAAACUGUUUAAGGAUUUUUGAGCAACAAAUAUAACAAUGUAAUAAUAUGUGAUUAUGCUUAGUUGUAAUUCUAGUAUGACUGUGUAGUUAGUUGGGUCUGUAAUGGUAGAACAAUAUUUUUUCAAAAUGUUGAUAAUGUAAUUAGUAUUGGGGUGAUUACAGUUCUAUCAUGUUUUAAUUAUAUGCCUUUCCCCCUUUUUUUUCUUUCUGUCUUUUUUCCUUAAAAUAUAUUACUUAUUGUGAAUCGGUUCAUAAUUUUAAAACUCAAUAAAUAAUUUGCAAAAAUAUUGUAGUUACAAUUAAAACUGAGAUGACAAAGAAA